AUGGAUUUCCUAUCGCCCAAGGAUCAUGGAGGACAGUUUUCUAGUAGAUCGGGGUCCAUUUCUGGACUGGGUACUGCCAGAUCAGGAUCUAUAUCACAGAUUCCUGCAGGUCUAGAUGGAUUAAAUACCAAGCAUCGUGGUUCCUUGUUUCCGAGUUCUGUGACUGCACGGUCACCGACGCCUGAAACUAAAGUAGAAGACGCAAUCGCCAUGUUGGAAGUUGGACAAAUGCCACGGUAUUCUGUGGAUCGUAGUGGAUCUAUUUCAAUCAUGACCGGGAGAAAAUCCAGUGCUCGACCAUCUAUCGUACCUCCAGCAUGGAAGACUCUAAUGAAAGCUAUGUUUCCUAUUGUUUCUGGGAAGAAAAUGUCUAUAAAUGAGGAAAUGAACACAAUAAGACAAAAAGUGUUAGAAGAAAAACGUUAUAUUAAAUUAAGUUUAAAUACUUUUGUUGAAAAGGAUAUCCGUGAACGAAAUAUUAAAAGUGCCCCUGCUAGAAGAUGGGCUGAUGUAGCAGAAAUUACAGGGAAAAGAAGAAAAAGUUUUUCUAAUCCUGAAAUUGUUGAAAAGUGA